AAAAUCUGUACCGUGUUGCUCUGCUGAGUUGCUGAUUCCGUAAAAAUUCCGCAAUGGCGCCAGCAAUGCAGCUGUGGUCGUCAACGGGCUCCUCCUCAGCUACCAUAGCUGCCAAUCAUCUGCGCUGUGGCAGCACCGCUUUCACGAAUGUAGGAACCACCGGGUGCAAGGAACAGGCUUCCGCAGCGCACUGUCUGCGGUCAACACCCAAUCAACCCUUCCUUAGACAACAGAGAAGUUUAGGACCAAAUCGGGACUGCAUUCUGAGUCUGGCGUGCUUCGUGUAUCAGUCUUACAAACAGAGGACGAGGCAGCGGUCAGUAAUCAAAGCCUCUUCCAAAGGAGCGCACGAGACGGUUGCUACUGUGCCUCAGCCGCUUGCAGACACGUCUCCUUCAUAUGUAACUAAGCGCUCAAUGCUGUCAGGGUUGGCUGCAUUGGCAAUCUGCAUUAGCUGCGCGAAAGGCGCCACGGCAGCCACAGAUGAGAAGCGUACAAACCUGUCAAUUGAAGAGAUCAAGGAUAUCAUUGAGCGGGACAUGCUUGUCGGCCAGUACUUUGUGACCGGGGACCUCACGCGGCAGAUCUACAAUGACAACUGCAGGUUCAAAGACCCUACCAAUGACACAACGGGCGUUGACAAGUACCUCCAGGCGGUUGCGCUUCUCUUCGACCCCAAACUCUCGACUUUAGAAUUGAAAUCGAUCAGAGUAACUAGUCCGAAGACCGUCGAAACCACCUGGGAUCUACAGGGCUACCUCAAGUUUCCCUGGAAGCCAAAAGUUGGCACGUCGGGUUCGACCACGUACACUAUGGACGACGACGGGCUCAUCGUGCUGCAUGAUGAAAAGUGGACGAUAUCUCCAUUCAGAGCGCUCCUAGACAGCUUCACGCCCACGGGAGGAGCUUCGUCCUGACCGCUUGACCGUUGAGUUUCCAACAGUCAAUCGUAUCAUAGCGCAUGAUUCGAAGUAGAUACGUUUCUUGGCAGAUUCGAGCAGAUUAAGAUAAAAGCCUCAUGGCCAAGUGCUGGCGCUUGGCUUUUAACAACGAGACGCAGAGAGUCGUGGAGUCAAGUCUGGGUCAAGUCUUCGCUACCCUGCUCAUCGUUUCGAGUUGCAUCAAUCUGGCUGCAUGCGUCUUGGUAUUCAACAAAAGGGAGUGCAUGAGUUCGGAUACACACGCUGAAUGAUGGGCCGCGACCUUUGCUAGCUGAAUAUAUGACUUUAUAUUUGUGAUCUGC